UUUUUGUGAAACCAUUUUUUAUGGUGAUAUGUUGAGAAAUUUUUGGGGUAUUUUUUAUUGAAAAAAUUUUAGUCAAUGUAAAUCUUACUUGUGUGCUUUAGCUGUGCUUAAACCACGGUUAAAAAAACAUUAUACUAUAUUACUAUCUAGCUAGAAAUAAUGACACCAAAGGGCAUAUAACUUUUUAAAUUUUUUAAAAAACUAAUAUUGUAAAUUGGCGCAAAUGGUGGGUUCGGUUUUCGCACUUUUGAGACAAUAAAAAUAUAGUCUAAUAACAACCAAAGAAUUUCGUUAACUUUAUAGCACACGUAUAAAAAAAAUUCAGCAUAGUUUUAAAAUUUUAGAGUAUGUAUAUCAGGUGAGUUAAGCAAUCCUUUUAUUCAAAAAAUUAAGCCCAUGUUUAGCUUAAUUUUUAAUAUCUUAAGAGAGUCCAUUAAAAUUAUUGCACACCAAGUUUUUUGCGAAUUUUAUAAAGUGUGCGAUUCGAAGCUCUGAAUGCUUGAAAAUAAAUUUGAAUGCGAAAUUGCUACACAAAACUCCCUCCGGAUUAUUUUAUCGAAAUUAGUUGUUAGGAUAAAUUUUUGGUAUUUACUACCGCUAGUCUAUUUAGCUUUCCUUAAAUUGCACUUUUUGGUCAGCUUGAGCUUGAAAAAUUUUAAAAUUUAAUGCAGCAGUUGAGUAUUUCCCACAAAAAUCCACUAUUUUUUUUUUUAUUGUGUGAAACUGAUUAUCUGUAUUAUUUCAUAAAUAUUUCUUCAUCUAAUAAUUUGCAAUCCUUCGACAAAUUUUACUAUUUUUUCUCGAAAAUUUCUCCAUUAGAAGUUUUUAAAAGUAUAUGUCUUAGCAAUAUUAAUAUAGGGAGUAAAAUGAGAUACAUAAAUUAAACCCCUCAGGUGAAAACAAACGAUAAAUAUCUAAAAGAAAACAAAUAUGGUUUUUCAACCUUUUCUUUAACCUAGUAGCUUCAAAUAGUGAUUUGCAGGUAUUGACCGACCUAAAAAAUACUAUUUCCUUAUCUGGAAUUUUUCUUGAGAACAGACCAGAUUAUACUUUACCCACUCCGAAUAUUAUAAGAUAUUUUUAAUAUAUUUUAAGGAUCCUCUAAUAACAUUGCGUCUUAGGAAUUAAUAGCAAUCACGUUCACAAUUAAAGAAAUAUUAAUAGUAAAAUGCCAAUUAACUGAAAUGUCAAAUCGAUCUUACAAGUUUCCCAAAGUUGAUCAAGUGUGCCUACCAACUGUAGCCCAUUAGAUUUUAAUUUUUGUGUGUCGUAUAAACUUGAUUUAGAUUUAUUAUUGAUAAUAAUCCAAGCAAGGAUCGAAUAUUCCAAAGCAGAUAUUUUCCUAUUUAAGAAUGCCACAUUCACAUAGCCUUCCUCUGAUUUAGAACCCUCGAUUGGCGGAUGACUCUAGUGCUGACUUAGCGUUCAGUUCUCUUCUAUAAUCGCCUUGUCACCCUGAAUGAAGACCUCGGGGACGCAUAAAAUAUAAUUCGAAAAAUAUUUUCCACUGCAGAACUUGCGAAAUUAUUGUUGUUAAUACAUCUGACGAAAAAUAUUUUUUCUGUGAUAAAUACUGACCUUAAUAAAAUUCUUAUCUCAGUUUGAUUAAUUGACUAGACGUUUAAGCGUAUGCCGACCAGAAAUACAUUCAAACUAGACAUUUGUGCACUUGGUGUUGCAGUAAUUUGCGUUAACUAUGAAGUACUUGUUUAAGGUAUUAGUUGUAUGCGCUGCCUUGGCGACGACCGCCUACGCAGGCGGAUACGGCCUCCUGGGAAAUAGCCUCGGUCUUGAAUACGGCGGGCCCUACGGCACGGCUACGUCGGGCUACGGCAGCAGCAGUUACUACUCCGGAAGUAGUUACUACAACAAGCCCUACUACUACAGCAGCAGCGGCUAUAGCCCAUAUUACGGCGGCGGAGGCUACGGCGGCGGUUCGGGGAGCUACGGAGGCUAUGGUGGGGGUGGCUAUUACAGCGGCGGAGGCUACGGCGGAUACGGAGGGGGUGGCUAUGGGGGAUCCGGAGGCUAUAGACCUUAUUCGGGUGGAUACGGCGGUUACGGCGGAUCUGAACGAUUAGAUAAUGUUGUCGAAAUCGGAAAUAAGAGAAGCGAAUACUAUAGUAGCACCACGGCUAGGUACAGCGAAAGCGAAUCGCUAAGCGAAGGUUACAGUGGAUAUGGCGGAUACAGGGGCGGUUACGGUGGAUAUGGAACAAACUUUCUAGGACGGCCACACGGCUACAGGGGAUACGGCUACUCUUCGUAUUGAAGAGACCACAUGCCCAGAGCUAAAUUGUGAUAAUUUUGUAACUAAAGUUCGCCUUGGAUAAUAUUUUAAUUAUUUUUGUACUUAUUGCAAGUUGGUUAUAAAAAAUAUUUUGAUCUAGGUGUAGGUUGUUGUUAGAUAAUUAGUCCGUAAUAAAAAUGUGUUCAUUCUAAUAAAA